AAAAAAAAACUCAAUAUGAAGCGUGGAAAGGAAGAGGACAAGAAUGAUGCUGCACAUAACAAUAGCAGCAACAGCAAUCAUGGUAAUUCCAAAACUAACAAGGAAUCGCCCAACAUCGGCAGCAACAGCACCGAUGCCAAUAGCAGCGGCAGCAACAACAACACGCCCAGCACAGUCCGCACCACGGGCCGCGUUAAGAAACCGAAGCAGGUUUAUGAUCCCUCUGAUAAUUAUGUAUCGCGCGGAUCGCGCAACUCGUUGCCUGCAGCGGCACCGUCUUCGCAAUCGCAGCCAUCGCAGGCAACACCAGGCAAUGCAAAUGCAUUGCAACAGCAGCCCACGGUGUCGCAGUCGUCGGGCACCUCGCAGUCCCAGUCCCAGUCGGAGGCUCAACCGCAAGCGCAGUCUUCGGCAUCCCCAUCAAAAGCAACUAAUCAGCAGGCAGCGCUUGCCAGCGAGAGGCCAUCCACUUCCACUGCCAAGGAGGAUGCCAAGGAGACGGUGCCAGUGCCCUCUGUGGAACAGCAGCGCAAUUUUGAUACGUGCAUGAAGUGCGGCAAGAGCGAGGCGAAGCGCGGCUCCGGCUACAAAAGCAACUUUCUCACUUGCAAGACAUGCACCAUGAAAUGGCAUUUCGCGUGCUUGCCGAUUACGUUUGAGGUUCUUACAAAUGCGCGUAAGAAAUUCAAGUGCGAGAAGUGUCGCCGCUGUGUCACUUGCAUGAUCCGCAAGACCAAGGACAGGGUCAAGGAGCUGAUUAUGUGCUGCAUUUGCGCCAAUGCCUAUCACUUGGAUUGCCACUGGCCGGCGGUCAUGCGCGAGAAAUUGAAGGACCCGAAGUGGAAGUGCUACUCGUGUUGCCCCAGCUACAAUCCGUAUAACGGUGAGGCAGAAGAGCUUGCCACAAGCGAACCGAAAUCUCCGCCGCGCAAAUCGAAGGCUGGGCGCAAGAAGCGACCCACUUCUGAACCAGCUGAUGCAGCUGACGUUGCCAAGAAGCCUGCUUUGCAGCAAAGCCUCAAGAAGAAUGAAAUCAUUGAGAACCCAAAGCCCAUCAACAUCAGUGACACCAUUAACAACAACAACAACGACAGCAAUACGAACAAGCCGUCGCCCAUUGUGUCCCAGACUCCCGACAACGCCGAUAUCGUCCAAGUCAUCCGAAAGGAUGACAUCGAUGUAGUUAACGGCAUCAUUGACUUGGCACCACUGACAUCUUGCUCAACAACCACUACGCUCUCCACUCUGACCUUGGUGCUCUCACAGCAAAACAAAGAAAACGAUGAUUGCUUGGAGAUUGUUGAGAAUGGAACUUACGGAGACGAUAUUGUAGUAUUAGCUGCGGCUUUGUCUCCGCCAAGAGACGAGGAGAUUAUCGUAAUGGAGGCGGUGCAGACCUGGAGCAUUGACGAUGUGGUGGGCUACGUCGAGAGGUUCUAUCCGCGCGAGGCUGACGUCUUCAGGGUCCAAGAAAUCGAUGGCGCCGCCUUGAUGGUGCUGUCGCGCCAGGACGUCAUCGAUCGCUUCGGCUUGAAACUGGGCCCAGCACUGCGCAUAUACGAGCUGGUCCUUAGCCUGCAGACUUCAACGAACGACGUUUCCAUUGGCUGGUGCGAUUAGCCAUCGGCUCUUCAUACUUCCUCAACUUUGUCAGCUACUCUUUACCAGAAACUGUAAAGUUUCUUUAUAUUUUUU